GUUGCCCUGAUUUGGAAAUUCUCGCUGAUAAGGACAACUAGCGUUUUCGAUCGCUCAGACUUCAGAAGCCUCUGCUGUUUACUUCUAACUGCGCUGUAGGCCCCCCAGUGACUGUGAUCUGAAGGUUCACAUUCCCUGCCGACUGCAGCUAUGUCGCAAAAACGGCAAAAUACAGCAUCAUCAUCAUCAUCGGACGCGGAAAGUCGCACCAAGGUGGCGAAGGUUGGCGACUAUGCAAAGCAUCUGCUGCUCUGUAAAGACACUAGCGAUGUUCGGUUCCGAGUGGGCCGUGAUUAUGGCGCAGUGAAGAUUUUUCCAGCCCACAGGGUCAUAAUGGGGCGCAGCCCUGUAUUCCAUACGAUGUUCUAUGGAAGUCUGCCCGAAACGCGCAAAGGUCAAAUCACCAUUCCCGACGUUCUUCCCGAAGCCUUCUCUAACAUGCUCAGCUAUAUCUACACCGAUUCCGUGGAGACCCUCUCCAAGGAUAAUGUUUUCCCCACACUUGGCUGCGCGGACAAGUACGAUCUACCAUUAUUGGUAGCCAUGUGUACUGACUUCGUCCUGAAGGACCUCAACAUCCAUAACUGCCUGGAUAUUCUGGAUGACGCGGUCCAUUACGAUAGCGUUGCGCCGAGUAUCCUGGAGAAAUGCUUAUCCCUCAUUGAUGAAUCACCAAAAUUAAUCUGGGAAUCGGAGCAGUUCAAUGCGAUUGGAGAGGUGGCACUGCGCAUCAUUCUCCAGCGGGACACGUUGACCGCCAAUGAAGAUAUAAUUUGCUCGUCGGUUGAUAAGUGGGCGGCAAACAUGUGCACACAGAGGAAUUUGGACGCUUCCGCCGCCAAUCGGCGUAAGAUACUGGGCCAGACGCUGCUUCUCGUUCGCUUUCCGCUCCUGACUAAUUACAAACUGGUGGAUGGGCCUGUCAGGAGCGGUUUGUUGCUGCCAGCGGAAGAACUAGACAUCUUCCAUUACAAGUACGGUACCAUCAAACCCCAGCUGCCGUUCCGCACGGAGCCCCGACAAAAUUCCCGCGCUAAUAGCCUUAUUAGCCUUACGAUUCCGGAUGUCAGGAAGCUGCCGAAGACGUACUUGGCUAGUGCUCCCAUUACGGUUAGGGGCCUGCUCUGGUGCAUCUACAUCAAACAGGAAACAGACGAUGCGUCUCCGACUUUGGGCUACUAUUUGAUUUGUACCAGCCGCCCGCAAUCGGCAACAUGGAACUGUCAAAUUCAUGCAGAACUGCGCCUACUGCCAUGGAAAAAGGAAACGGCACCAGUCAAGAGAACGCUUGCCCAUCUGUUUUGCCAGGGAAUUUCUAACUGGGGAUUCCCGAAAUAUAUCUCUGCGGCGGAAUUGUUGGAUCCGGCGAACGGCUACGUCAACCCUGCUGACUUCUCCUUGAAACUGCAAAUCGAAAUGACUGCUGAACUUCCUACUGGAAUGAUGUGAAAUGAUGACCCCGCGUACAUGUUAAAUAGAUUGGCGGUUUUAAUUAAUUAUUAUUACUAUUAUUUAUUCUUAUUACUACGGCACAAGAGCAGACAGAGUUCCGAGUAUUCUCAUGUGUCCCGAAAUGGAGUUAUCGUUUUCGUAGUUUAGGCGAAUUUCGAACCAGUUCUUCUUGCCAGUUCGAUUGUUAGUCGUUUGUUAUCUGAUUAGAUACUGGAUGUUUUAGUCGUUGAGUCGACAGAAUAAGUUUGAAUUACAGAUUAUUGCGUUUUUGA